AUGUCCGAGAACGCUGAAACCUUCGCAUUCCAAGCUGAGAUCGCUCAGUUGAUGAGCUUGAUCAUCAACACCUUCUACAGCAACAAGGAAAUCUACUUGCGUGAAUUGAUCUCAAAUGCUUCUGAUGCUCUCGAUAAAAUCCGCUACCAGGCACUCACAGAGCCAUCCGAGCUUGACACCGGAAAGGAACUCUUCAUCAAAAUCACUCCAAACAAGGAGGAGAAGACCCUCACCAUCAUGGAUACCGGAAUUGGAAUGACCAAGGCUGAUCUCGUUAACAACCUCGGAACCAUCGCCAAGUCUGGAACCAAGGCCUUCAUGGAGGCUCUCCAAGCUGGAGCCGAUAUCUCUAUGAUCGGACAAUUCGGAGUCGGAUUCUACUCUGCCUUCCUCGUCGCUGACAAGGUCGUCGUCACCUCCAAGAACAACGAUGAUGACAGCUACCAAUGGGAGUCGUCCGCAGGAGGAUCCUUCGUCGUUCGUCCAUACAACGACCCAGAGCUCACCCGUGGAACCAAGAUCACCAUGUACAUCAAGGAGGAUCAGGUUGACUUCCUCGAGGAGCGCAAGAUCAAGGAGAUCGUCAAGAAGCACUCUCAAUUCAUCGGAUACCCAAUCAAGCUUGUGGUUGAGAAGGAGCGCGAGAAGGAGGUCGAGGAUGAGGAAGCCGUCGAGUCCAAGGACGAGGAAAAGAAAGAAGGAGACGUCGAGAAUGUCGGAGAAGAUGCCGAUGCCGAGAAGGACAAGAAGAAGACCAAGAAGAUCAAGGAGAAGUACUUCGAGGAUGAAGAGCUCAACAAGACCAAGCCAAUCUGGACCAGAAACCCAGACGAUAUCUCCAACGAGGAGUACGCCGAGUUCUACAAGAGCUUGUCCAAUGACUGGGAGGACCAUCUCGCUGUCAAGCAUUUCUCCGUUGAGGGACAACUCGAGUUCCGUGCUCUUCUCUUCGCACCACAAAGAGCUCCAUUCGAUCUCUUCGAGAACAAGAAGAGCAAGAACUCCAUCAAGCUCUACGUUCGUCGUGUCUUCAUCAUGGAGAACUGCGAGGAGCUCAUGCCAGAGUACCUCAACUUCAUCAAGGGAGUCGUCGACUCUGAGGAUCUUCCACUCAACAUUUCCCGUGAAAUGCUCCAACAAUCCAAGAUCUUGAAGGUCAUCCGCAAGAACCUUGUCAAGAAGUGCAUGGAGCUUUUCGACGAGAUCGCUGAGGACAAGGACAACUUCAAGAAGUUCUACGAGCAGUUCGGAAAGAACCUUAAGCUCGGAAUCCACGAGGACUCUACCAACCGCAAGAAGCUCUCCGAGUUCCUUCGCUACGCCACCUCUGCCGGAGAAGAGCCAACUUCCCUCAAGGAAUACGUUUCCCGCAUGAAGGAGAACCAAACCCAGAUCUACUACAUCACUGGAGAAUCCAAGGAAGUCGUCGCCGCUUCAGCAUUCGUUGAGCGCGUCAAGAGCCGUGGAUUCGAGGUCCUCUACAUGUGCGACCCAAUCGAUGAGUACUGCGUCCAGCAGCUCAAGGAGUACGACGGAAAGAAGCUCGUCUCUGUCACCAAGGAAGGACUCGAGCUCCCAGAAACUGAGGAGGAGAAGAAGAAGUUCGAGGAGGACAAGGUCGCUUACGAGAACCUCUGCAAGGUCAUCAAGGAUAUCUUGGAGAAGAAGAUCGAGAAGGUUGCCGUUUCCAACCGUCUCGUUUCUUCGCCAUGCUGCAUUGUCACCUCGGAGUACGGAUGGUCCGCCAACAUGGAGCGUAUCAUGAAGGCUCAGGCUCUUCGUGACUCGUCCACCAUGGGAUACAUGGCCGCCAAGAAACACCUUGAGAUCAACCCAGACCACGCUAUCAUGAAGACUCUUCGUGAGCGCGUCGAGGCUGACAAGAACGACAAGACUGUCAAGGACUUGGUUGUUCUUCUUUUCGAGACCGCUCUUCUCUCAUCAGGAUUCUCCCUCGAGGAGCCACAAUCCCACGCUUCCCGCAUCUACAGAAUGAUCAAGCUUGGUCUCGAUAUUGGAGAUGAGGACAUCGAGGAGUCCGCUGUUCCAUCAUCGUGCACCGCUGAGGCCAAGAUUGAAGGAGCUGAUGAGGAUGCUUCCCGCAUGGAGGAGGUCGACUAA